AUGCCCUCGCCAGCGGAGGCGAUGGCUCAGGCCCCGCUUCUGGGGACUCUGUUCACCAUGUUCCUCUACGGAAUUACCUGCGUCCAAGCGUUUUACUACUCGCAGAACUACCAGGAUGAUAGAAUGGGGGUCAAACUUGUUGUCGCAGCUGUAUGGUUGCUGGAGACGGCUCAUACUGUCCUCUCGAUCUACUUCAUCGAAUGGUACUUGAUCAACAACUUCACCAAUGAAGAGAAUCUCUUUCUUGUUAAUUGGGGUAUUCCUACGUCGUUUAUUGUCGGCUUCACCGUCGCUUUCGUUGUCAAUUUGUACUUCAUUUGGCGAUUUUGGAGGUUAUCGAGGAAUUGGGUCGUACCUGUCAUUCUGCUUAUGCUAGCCGUCGCUCGGUACGCGGUGGGAUUACUGAACUCGGUUCAAUCAAAGACGCUGUCUGGGAAGACUUCCGAGCCAACGAUUUUGUGUGUUUUCCUCCCCGCAUAUGUUCUCGCGUCGAAGUCUCUUACUGGCGGCGCGUUCAAGGUUUUCAUCGUCGUGGGAUACGUCCUUUCCGUCCUCGUCGACGCUCUUAUCGCCGUAUCUUUGUGCUGGCUUCUCCAUAGUCUUCGGACAGGCAUCAAGCGAACCGAGAACCUUAUCGACAAUCUCAUAAUCUACACCAUCAACACAGGCGUAUUGACUUCACUCGGGGCAAUCCUCGUUCUCAUCCUGUUCCUCACGCUGCCCACAUCUCUCGCAUUCAUCGGCGCGUUACAAGUGCAAUGCAAGUUGUACGCUAUCUCGCUCCUCGCGUCCCUCAAUUCGAGGCACUCUACGCUCAGCGCCUCGCAACCUUACACGUCGUCGCUUAUGGUCCAUAACAACACCUUUGCCAUGUCCCCGACACGGAGCUUCAGCGCCAAGCGGAGUGGUGGGAACCAUGUUAGCCGCAUUGAGAUCCACAAAUCAGUCGAGACGGAGCAUGAUACCGGUCAUGUAUUAUGCGAUAAUAUGUACUUCUAUCUGGCCACAUGCUACCAAGUGCACGUAUACGCCGCCAGGGUGGAGGUUGUCGUAUUCUCUGCCGUACAUGCGGUAGGCGAGGGCUCGUGCAUGCGUUCGAAUGUCGUCGCGCUUGGUCCAACCAGAGAGUCGGAAGGCAUGAGCAUGGCUGUCGGCACACCCGAAGGACGAAGAAGAGAAGCAGGAGACGCAUCGACGGGUUGUCCAGUCGGGAAGUUCUGGAGAGAUGUACUAGAGAUUGACUAG